UAAACGGCAAUUAUAAUUUCAGUUUCUUUUCCACCUUUCUCCCUUCCUCUUUGAGUUUGACUCUUUUCAGGGGCAGGCAAUACAUGAAAAUGGACAUAGAUGAACUAUUGGGUCGAAACCGACCAGUGAGCAUUCCGACGAAGAGUGCAAUUUACGUGUGGGGUUAUAACCAGUCUGGGCAGACGGGUCGCAAUGGUAAGGAGCGGCAAUUGAGAAUCCCGAAGCAGCUCAAGCCCGAGCUUUUUGGAUGUACGGCUGGGGCCAAUUCGCGAUGGCUGGACAUUGCCUGUGGCCACGAGCACACAGCCGCUGUAGCCUCAGACGGGUCGCUUUUCACUUGGGGGGCUAAUGACUUUGGUCAAUUGGGAGACGGAACUGAGGAGCGAAGAAAACAUCCAAAGAAAGUGAAGCAAUUACAGACAGAGUUUGUGAAAUCUGUAUCUUGUGGAGCACAUUGUACCGCUGCUAUUGCAGAACCUCGUGAAAAUGAUGGAUCUGUCUCAACAAGAAGGCUUUGGAUUUGGGGGCAAAAUCAGGGAUCAAAUUUUCCACGUUUAUUUUGGGGCGCCUUCACUCCAAACACGAUUAUCCGUCAAGUGUCUUGUGGGGCGGUUCAUGUGAUGGCUUUAUCAGAGGAUGGCCUGCUACAAGCUUGGGGAUAUAAUGAAUAUGGUCAGCUUGGCAGAGGAUUUACAUGUGAAGGAUUACAGGGGGCUCGUAUAAUAAAUGCUUAUGCGAAGUUCCUUGAUGAUGCCCCUGAGCUUGUGAAGAUUACCCAAGUGUCAUGCGGGGAGUACCACACUGCAGCUAUAUCUGAAAAAGGCGAGGUGUAUACUUGGGGGCUUGGAAACAUGGGUCAACUUGGGCAUUGUUCCCUCCAGUCUGGGGAGAAAGAGUUAUUGCCUAGGAGAGUGGUCGCACUUGAUGGAAUAUUCAUGAAGGAUAUUGCAUGCGGUGGUGUACAUACAUGUGCCGUGACUCAGAAGGGAGCUCUUUAUGCUUGGGGUGGUGGUCGAUCAGGGCAGUUAGGCCUUGGCCCUGACACUGGAUUCUUUUCAUGCAACCCUAAUGAGUCUGAGUCUUUUCUCCAGAAUAUCCCUGCAUUAGUUGUUCCAACUAGUGUACAACUCAUUACAUGUGGACACUCCCACACACUUAUCUCUACAAGGGAUGGAAGAAUUCAUGGAUGGGGCUACAAUAGCUACGGUCAGGCAUCUAACGAGAAAUCCACUUAUGCUUGGUAUCCAUCCCCGGUUGAUUGGUGCGUGGGGGAAGUGCGGAAACUUGCAGCUGGUGGUGGCCAUUCAGCCGUGUUGACUGAUGCAUGUUCCUUGAAGGAGUUGUGUGAAUUUAGGCUUGCGGAUAGCGUGAAUCUAAAGAAUGCUUCUGAGAUUGAGGACAUUGCGUCUAGAACAGGUUCAGAUGCUUUAGCACGCCUUUGUGAAAGAUUGAGGCAGCAUGUGCUUGAGGGUGGUGAUUGUGAAUAUGAAGACGAUGAGACCACCAGUAAUAGGAAGUGAAGGAUCAAUUGGACCAGAUUUUAAAAUUGACAAUCAUUAUGUCAAUAAUUUGUCUAUUAAUCACUUUAUAAUCCAAUCUGGUUAUGAAUUAGGUAUUGAAAAUUGUUGUAAUCAGAUUGUGAAGGGGUUAAUCUCUUGUAGUUAUGUCAAAUUGCUAUUUUGUAAUCCUAAUUAAAUCAAGUACACAAUUAACCAUGUCAAAUUUUCUUUCAAUAU